CGCAGGGAUGGCGGAUCACAUGACGCCACAGGAGAGACGACUCUGGUGACCUGACAACCACCGGCCUGCGCUGGACGAGCAGCGGACUUUGCUUCUUCACUCGUGGGAGGGGAGGACCUGUGAAUGGACUUGUGAGCGCCGUGUGUGAGGCCGGGCUGUCCGUCAGGAGAGAGAGAGAACCGCCGCGAGCAGCGGAGCACGUCAUGUCGGAACUGAACAGCGUCUCUCUGCAGCAGAUGCUGGACAGGAGUUGCUGGGUGUGUUUUGCUACAGAUGAAGAUGACAGAACCGCCGAGUGGGUCAGGCCGUGCCGGUGCAGAGGGUCUACAAAGUGGGUACAUCAGUCGUGUCUCCAGCGGUGGGUCGAUGAGAAACAGAGGGGAAACAGCACUGCCAGAGUCGCCUGCCCACAGUGUAAUGCUGAAUAUUUGAUAGAAUUCCCGAACUUAGGUCCGGUUGUAUAUAUGUUGGAUCUUGCAGACAGAUUGAUAUCCAAAGCUUGUCCAUUUGCUGCUGCCGGAAUAAUGGUGGGUUCCAUCUAUUGGACUGCUGUCACAUAUGGAGCAGUGACCGUCAUGCAGGCAAGUGAAUGUAUCCUAUUCCAGGUUGUUGGCCACAAGGAAGGCCUAGAUGUUAUGGAGCGUGCCGAUCCCCUGUUCCUGCUGAUUGGGCUUCCCACCAUCCCUGUUAUGUUGAUCCUAGGCAAAAUGAUCCGCUAAGAUUACGUGCUCAGACUCUGGCGCAAAUACUCCAACAAAUUGCAGAUACUUAACAGCAUAUUUCCCAGGUAAAGUAACAUGAAAGGAAUUGGAUGUCCAGUUCGGUGCCCGCGUGAAGCUAACCCUCUAGCAGAUCACGUCUCUGCUACCCGCAUACUGUGUGGAGCGCUAGUCUUCCCCACCAUUGCCACAAUAGUUGGCAAACUGAUGGUCAUGCAUGUGUUAAAUUCCAACCUGCAAAGGACAAUUUUGGGUGGUAUUGCUUUUGUUGCCAUUAAAGGAGCUUUCAAGGUGUAUUUCAAAAUGCAACAGUACUUGCGUCAGGCCCAUCGGAAGAUCCUGAACAACCCUGAGCCAGAGAAGUAUAAGCUUGUAAACCUUUGUGUCCAUAAAAACAUCAUCCGAAAUCUUCUGCUGUGUCAUAGUGUCUCCACGCCAUCGCACAGUCCUGGGAUUUUGCCACAAGGCUGCUGCAACCCUUGAGUUUUUUCCCUACAGUACACAAUAAAGCACUUUUGUAUGGUAGGAUAAGUACAUUCCAAGAACCUCUGGACAGCAGGACAUGGCUGUACCGCUGCUCUAGACGAUCUGUUAUCGUGUCGUUAUACCCAGUUAAAUUUUGCAUCUCACAUGCUGGGGUUAUAAACCCAUUACUAUAUUUGUGUGCAGAACCAUAGAACGUCCUAGCUGUGGAAGAAAAAAAGGAAGUUAUUUGGUUGCCAUUUUACAUAUUUUGGCGCCACUCUCACAGCGGCUUGACCAUAGGAAAUAAAAAGAGGGAAUUUUAUUUGAUUUUGCAGCCAAAUGAUGUUGUUUCUGAUCUUCCCUCCGGAUGGACCGUGGCCCUGGUGCAGUAAUACCAGUGUCAUCCUAAAAUCACACAAAAGCCCUUCUUACGAUAAUGACUUGACCUUCAUUUCAAUGGACAACUGAAACCAAAAGCGGAAAGGUCCAAACCCCGUGGAUGAUCUCCUGUCUCAAGGAAUGGGUUCUGCUAGUGUAUGUACUGUGGCAGGACUUCUCGCAUCUUCAUCGUGUCUGCUGCAUGUUUUUUCUCAGUAACAUCUGUCGUAAUACAUGGACAGGCUUGACCAUUGGUUGUGGUGUUCUGCCAUCGAUUAUUUUCUAAACUGUAUUUGCAUCCUCCAUAAUGUGUAAGCCUUGUGUUAGGCUUAGGUUGGCUCCUAGCAACCAUCCUUUAUUUUAUUAUUAUUAUUAUUAUAGGCCCUUCCACGAGGAGGUCCUUCCAACACACCCGUCAAUCCAUUUUUACCUGGUCCUCUCUGCAUACCUUCUUGUCAUGUCAUGGCUUUGACCCACACCAACCCGGCUCUUCAGAUUCUUCACGCCACGGUGUGAUAGCCCAGUGUCUUGCUAUAGUUUCCCCUCUCUCUGAGAUUGGUUUUUGGAUAUCCUAUAGUGUUGUAUCAUUGGGAAACAGGUCCCUUCUUCAGGAGCAGAGAAACUUUUUUCACCGUACAAGAAUCCAGUCUUCUAAUAAGUAGUUUUCGGUUUACUUCUAGACAUAGGCCCCACAUUAUUAAGAUUGGCAUUUUUUUUAUAUGCAAGUCUUAAAUAAAGUACUUUGAGAUUAAGUUGCAGGAAAGUUAUUGAAAGGUACACGCCUUUUUAAUGAAAUUUUGCGCGUCUGCAAUGAGCAGGCGUAGAUUUGUGCUAAAAUUUGCAUCAUUUUUCAGGCUGUGAAAUUUAUAAAUCCUGUCAGAAAUCUUGUGUUCACCUAUUAUAAUUCACUUCUCUUGUACUGAUGGUGAGUGACAGCCCGUGUUAUAAGUCCAGAGCUGCUUCACCAAUCUUCUGGUUGCUAUUGAAGACAUUCAUGUCGACAGACACACCCCUAGCAGGCUCAUUUAACGCUGGUCUUUCUUAUAUCACUGGUAUAAAGACACAGUUACUCUAGUGCAAAUUAGCAGACACUGAGCAAGCAGGACAUCAGAAACUCUGGCACUUCAGCUGUUGUAAGACUACAACUCCCAGCAUGCUCCAUUCGCUUCUACAAGGAGUUCCGAGAACAGCUAAACAAGUGUGCGUGUUGGGAAGUCGUCGUUUCACACACAGCUGUGUGCUGGAGGUAGCUGAUCCUUGUCCUAGGAUGAUUUCAGCUUACAAUUCUUGCAGAGCUAUGAAUUCAGCUCUGAGCUGUAACAAGUAAGGUGAAGAUCUUUAAAAAAGGACACAAUCCCCGCUGUGAUUUGGAACAUGUGCCACCCAAUAACAUACGUGUACUCACUGCAUUCAUCAGUGCGGCCAGGACCAGCUCACACAGUGCUAGACUUAACAUGGGCAUGUAGACCUACUCGAAUCGGUCAGUGCAACCAAGACUACUUUAUGCUAUUAUUGAAAAUGAUGUUCUAGUUUGCGCUAAACAGUGAAUAUUUUGUGCUGCUUUUUUAGUUUUUUUUUAGUGAUGCAGGUUACAAGGAAAACAAUGUGAAGAAACCACUUAACUCAAUGUGAACCUCAACUUUUUGCAAUCUAUGUAUAACCUGUCUUUGCUCAGAGCUCCUCAGCCUGUGGUCCUCCAUCUGCGGCGGUCAGGAUGUGCUAAGUGCAGUGGUUUUGGAACAGUUUGGGGGGCCACAGGUUGAUACCGCUUUCUUACUAGGUUCGGCUGUCCUGUCUCUUUUGGACUGGAGAGCUGGCAGCAGAAAAAUUUAAGCAUCAAGGUAAAUGGCUAUAGUGCUUGCUUGAUAGGCCUAUCUGAUAGCAGGAGUUAUUGUGUUCCUGUGGGGGGCGCUGUGACCACCUGCUCUCUGAGCCCCAUGCAGCUAUGUACAAUAUAAUUAAAAGGACUGUCCACAAAAAAGGAGGCACUGUAUAAUGGUAUCGUGCAGAUUUAUAUUUCUUCUCCUAAAAUCAUACACGGCGGUGGUUUUGCCAAAGAAAAAGGGCGGAUACACAAUUGCAGCUAAUUUAUGUGCAGUGAUUAGGUUAGUAUGAUGUAUUCUUCUGACAUAAGUAAAAGGUGCUUUCAGAUCUUUAAAAGUACAGAGUUCUUUUAAAACCCAGUGAUAUUGUGAAAGAGUCUGAUUUUUCUUCUCCACGAACAGCGCCCCUCUAUGGACUGUUGUCUGUAUUGUAGCUCAGUGCCCGUGGACCAGAGUUUAAUCCUAUAGAGACACACACAAUUUAUUUUAUUUUUUUCCAUGUCCUUUUUUGCGGGCCAUAUGCGGAAACCGUUCACUUCAAUGGGUCCACAAAAAAACGGAAAUGACGUCCGUGUGCUUUCAGUUUCCAUAUGUCUGGAUGGCCGUUCCGCAAAAAAGAUAGAACAAUGUCCUAUUCUUGUCCAUUUUGCGGACAAGUAGUAGCAUUUUCUACAAUGGAACCACAAAAAUAAAAAGCAUGCAAUACGGAUGUCACACGGACGUUUUUUGUAUAUUUUGUGAUCCGUGUCUUGCGGACCGCAAAAUACAUAGUCGGUGUGGUGCGUUGGCCCUUAUUCUGGAGUAUUAGGCCGGGGUGACUGAUUAGCUGCAGACUUGAGUUGCUGGUUUUCGGGAGUCAAAUCUGCAACAUUGUACAGUACCAGCAAAGUGAAUGAGCUUUCAGCAAUUCUCAGCAACAUGAAGCAGAAAAAAAUCUGCAGCCGA